UAUCCUCAAGAGUGAUUGGAUGGGGUGAGUCUUUAAAAGUCUGGAUUGCGUUGAAGACAAUUUUAGUUAAUGUUGUCAAGGAAGAAGAACACAUCUGUGCCACAACUGAAGUCAUGAGUGGAUGUCCAUACUUUGAGAAGAGGCAUUUGUUAUUCAAAAACAAGCCUCCCAAAACAGAGGAAGAUGAGGAUGCCUCUCAGGCAGGCGUUAACAAGGCCAGUAAAGGAGGAAUCAUCUAUGGAGACUACCUGCAGCUCGACAAAAUCGUCUCAGCCCAGGUGUUGCAGAGUGAAGUAAAGGGCAAUAAAAUCCAUGAUGAGCACCUCUUCAUCGUCACCCAUCAAGCAUAUGAACUGUGGUUCAAACAGAUUUUGUUUGAACUUGAUUCGGUGCGACAUCUCUUCAUCAGUGGACAUGUCAGAGAUGAACGCAACAUGCUGAAAGUCAACAAUCGCAUCCACAGGAUUGUGAUGAUCUUUAAGCUGUUGGUCGACCAGUUUGCGGUUUUGGAAACAAUGACAGCCUUGGACUUUUUUGACUUUAGGGAAUACCUGGCUCCAGCCUCUGGAUUCCAAAGCCUUCAGUUUCGGAUCUUGGAGAACAAAAUUGGGGUCCCGGACAACCUGAGGGUUCCAUACAACAGACGCCAUUACAGGGACAAUUUCAAGGGUCAUGAGAGUGAGAUGCUGCUCGCCACAGAACAGGAGCCGACACUUUUAAAACUAGUCGAGGAGUGGCUGGAGAGAACUCCUGGCUUGGAGGUGGACGGAUUCAAUUUCUGGGAAAGGCUGGAAAUCAAUAUUUUUGAUGGGCUGAAACUGGAAAAGGAGAAAAUCGAGAAAAUGGAAGAUUCUGAGGACAAGGAAGAAAUGAUGGCUGAACUGGUCAAACAGAAAGAGCUGUUUACGUCACUCUUUGAUGAAAAGCGACAUGACCAUCUCCUUAGCAAAGGCGAGAGGCGGCUCUCUUACAAGGCUCUCCAAGGUGCCCUGAUGAUCAACUUCUACAGGGAAGAGCCGAGGUUCCAGGUUCCUUUCCAACUGCUCACAUCUCUCAUGGAUAUUGACACCCUCAUGACAAAAUGGCGAUACAAUCACGUAUGCAUGGUGCAUCGUAUGAUUGGCAGCAAAGCCGGCACAGGGGGUUCAUCUGGCUACCACUACCUGAGAUCUACUGUCAGUGACCGCUACAAAGUGUUUGUGGAUCUGUUCAAUCUGGCAACGUUCCUGGUGCCUCGCCACUGGGUGCCCAAGCUAAAUCCCAACAUUCACACGUUCCUCUACAUGGCCGAAUGUUGCGACAGCUCCUACUGCAGCAGUGAAGACUCAGACUAGAGGAAUCAAUCCCAGUCGUCUGUCCUGGCUUACAUUUUCACCGUAACUGACCUCAAAACAGUAGAUCCGUUGCACAGCUGAAAGGUUUUAGUAAGAGGUGCAUACAGUAAGAUGAUGAAGAAAACUCUUAAAACACAGGAAAAUGGAAUUUUUGUUUGUUUGUUUUGUUUUUUUUUACAGUUGAAAAAAGAGUGAAGCAUGGCACAGGGAGGGGUCAUUUAACAUAGGUGACAAUCUAAACCACCAAAAUAUCCAUUAGGGAGAGACACUUGAUACCAUGAUAGUAUUAUUGGUUGGGAUUUAAAUAAUUUUAGUAUUUGGAUUGUAUUUUUUAAUGUAAAAUAUAUAUAUAUAAUUUUUUUUUCAUCUCAUUGUGACACUAAAAGCAUGCCAAAUAUCCUACACUUAUGUUAACAAAGAACAGUAACAGAAUUUAGCUUAUUAGUUACAUCAGACUGCAGCACCAAGGUUUAUACGCCAGAAUCUUGUGACGCAGUGUCUGACCCUGAACAAUUCAAAUGGCCAAAUUAGACAAUUUUGCUCUAAUUUCUAAUCUUAACCGGUGACAAAGUAUAGCAGAUGGCUACUUGAUAAAAUUUGCUUUGAUGUUUUUUUUUCAGUACAAUUAUGUAAAUUCCCUGUGACUGACCUGAAAG